AUCCCCCUUUUUCCUAUCAAUGAGUUCGGCCAACCCAUCCACAACAAGCAAGAAAAAAUCUCUGCACAUCAUAUUCCAUAGCUACACUUUGAGCUCAAACAAAGGGAGGUCCAAGUAAGAAGAAAGGAUGGUGGAAAUGAGGAAAAAGUUAUGAAAUCAAGGAAUUUUACCAAGGUAUUCUAGACUUCUCAAGGAAUCUAGGAGUGGUCGGAAAAGUCGCCGGAGAUGCCGGAGAUUUCGCCGGAAAAUUCCAAAAGUCGCCGGAGUUCAAACGAAGAGGAUAAAAGCUUGCUAGCGUCAUUUCGAGGUUGAAGCUAGAGCUUACUUCCUGCACCCGUUGUUCGGGAGAUCGAUGGAGAGAAGACGUGGCAAGCCUCGGCCUUGGUGAGCUCAUCCGGAGGAUGGAGGAAUCUGCCCUCCAGAAGCAGAAGGCUGACGAAGCUCUGGCUGAAGCCCGAAGGCAGCUUCGGGAGGCUGAAGAAGCUCUUAGAGUUGGACAAGCCGCCUUCAGCAAAAUUCUUGAAAAUGCCAAGACAGCGGCCAUGGCUGAGGGUAAAGCGGAGGCGGAGAAGAUUGCAGUCGAGGCCGCCAAAAAGGCCGCUGAAGAUGCCGAAGCCGCCAGGGGAGAAGCCGUGGCUAAAGCUCGGGAGGAUGUUGUUGUUGGCUUCGUUGAGGACAGGUGGAGAACCGAAGGCCAUAAGAACUGGGUGGCCUCGGUGGUGAAGGAGUCCGUAGAUGAUUGGUUCAAGGGUCCUGGCUGGGAGUGGAUGGCCCGCAAGGGCAAAGAAUACUACGAUGGGGUGAGUUUUUCACUCAGGCCCUCAUCUACCGAAAGAUGGCCCGACAUCUGGGGAUGGACCCGGCGGCCUUUGACCCGCCAGCUUAUGGUCUCCCCCCUCUCCAGCCAGACACCCGGAUUCCCCUACCCGAGGGCGUGGCCAGGCCUGACCUUGAAGACAUCGUCUUGAUGGCCGAGUGCAGUGACGGGGAGGAGGCCGGAGAUGAUGUGACGUCGAAGCCUGUGGAAGAGGCUGCCAUCGGGGCUGACAAUAUUUGAUUUGUACUUAGUCGUUUUUUGAACAUCACUUUGUAAUGAACACGUAUAUUCCUUCGGCCGCUAUGUAACAACCUACUCUUUGUGAAUGUAUGAAUUGGCG